UGCACCAGCUGAUUUCUCAAGGCUGAAUCUACUACAUAUCUGUCCCUAACUGGCUUUAACAGAUAAGUACAAAACAAUGCACUUUAUACUAAGUUUAUGACAGUGAUUAGCCUUGUUGUCUGCAGACUAAAGCCUGGAUUGGCUCCUACAAAAAAGGCAAAUAGUGGGUGGAGUUUGGCUAUUGAAAAACAGUUGCAGUAACCAAAAGAUUUGUUUUAAAAUGUGUAGACUUGGCUGAUAUAUUACUCUAUAGCAACACAACAGAAAUGCCUUGUAACUACAAGGUGUUUACUGUCUCUUAAGCGGUGCCUUUGGAAAUGGACUUUCACUAAUCUUUUUGGUUUUUACAGAGGUUGAGAUGAGAUGAAGUUUUAUUCGGCAUUGAUUAAAAUAAAAGUAAAAAGAUCUUGCGGUUGAGGAAUCAUCAGACAGCGCUCAGCCUCAAUCAGAAGCAGCACUUAGCCAAGCGAGUGCACAAGCAGAUUUAGUAUAUGCAACACCUGAAUUGCCAUCACCGACAACUGCUAUCCUAGUUUCUGAACCUACACAGGAGUUAAAAGAAACAUCUUGUUGGGCUGCAACCUCAAAGGGUCCACAAUUCUCCCCUCAAAAGGUUUUUCAUGGGAUGGUGAAGACUCAAGAAUAUAACACACCCCAUCCCAUGACCCAGGAACCUAUCCCUUCCCAAUAUAGCUUUAUGAACCAUGGAAGUAAUCAGUCUUUUCGAAUGAUGGGCAUAACACAUAGGCCAGAAACUACAUACAGCGCUGAGCCACCACCACCACCACCACAAACUCCUGUACGAACGUUACCAGCGUACAGUAUGGCAUCGUCUGCCACUCAAAGUCCCAUACCACCUAUAAUACGUGUGAAAUUGAGUCCACAUAUGCACUUUUCACCAUCAUUCAGUAGCCCUGGAUCGGACUCAACACCACAAGAGGAAUGGUCUUUCAGCGACGUUGAUCCACCAAGAGAAGGUGAACCUACUGAAACCGAACCUGGACCAUCAUAUACUACACCUGAAGACGUAAAACCAUUCAACCAAAGUUAUACAGAAAGCAUGUCAUCAUGUCUACAUGCAAUGAAGCAGCUGAACAGGGCCAGAAACAAAGAAUUGUUUCAGCUCCGGGAGAGCCAAGCACAAUUUAACGAGACAUUCAAUACGUGGCUGACGCAAAUACACGAGGAAGUCAGGCAACUUAAAUACAACCAGAUGUUUCACCCUAGAGAAAACCAAUCAAAUGAAUCAAGUAAUACUUGGCUCUCACAGAUACACGAGGAAAUUCGGCAACUUAAGUACAGCCAGCUAGACAUAGGAUGUCACCUGAUGCACAAGAACACUAUCCUCAAUGAUCUGGUUCAUGAAAUAAGGAAUUUAAAUAAUAAUGUAAUGAGAGUUUCAGAACAUCUAAGCACUUUUGCCCACAUAACAACGUCUACGCUACCGGACAACACACCUAUUAGAUCGCAGCAUCACAGCCAGACGAACCAAUCUGGUGCUCCGUCCAACCAAAGCUAGAGGACCGUGAAUAGCAGGUCCAAACCCCCCCCCAAAAGAUUAGAGAUGUUGAACGCAGUGUAAUUCAUCCAUAUAUUAUUUAAAGGGACAUCAAACCCAACAUUUUUGUUUUAUGAUUUGGAUAGAGCAUGCAAUUUUAAACAACUAAGUAAAUUGUCUUUGUUCUUUUGGUAUCUUGUUGAAAAGCAGGGACAUAAGGUCAUGUCUGGAUCACUAUAUGACAGUGGUUUUGCAAGAAUGUCAUCCAUCUGUGAGAGCACUUUUUCCUGCCAUGUAGUGCUCGAGAUGCCUACCUAGGUAUCUCUUCAACAAAGAACAACAUGGGAAUAAAGCUGUAGUCUUGAAAUAAA